GCAAGUAUAAUCCCCAAUUAUCCCUAAUACGUUCUUUUUGAAUCGACUUUCAUUUGGACAAGAAAUGGCUAAGAAGAACGAUAAAAAGAAAGGUCGUUCUGCGCUUAAUCAAGUGGUCACUCGGGAAUACACGAUUCAUUUACACAAGCGAAUUCAUGGCAUUGGCUUCAAGAAACGUGCGCCACGUGCUAUCAAAGAGAUAAAAAAGUUUGCAGAAAAAACAAUGGGAACACCUGAUGUUCGUGUUGAUACGGGUUUGAACAAACAGAUUUGGUCUCGUGGCAUUAGGAACGUGCCAUUCCGUGUUCGUGUGCGAUUAGCUCGUCGAAGAAACGAAGACGAAGAUUCGCCUCACAAAUUUUACACACUUGUAACACACGUGCCGGUCGAUUCAUUCAAAGGUUUGGAAACCAAGAUUGUCGAGGCUGAUGAUUGAAUAUUAUAGGUUGUGAAAAUGUGUAAUAAAAUGUGUUCAUUUUGUCAA